UAGAAUCGUCAGGUGCAGAGAGCUAGGACGUCAUGCUGGAGAGCUGCCCUCUAAUGUGGUUUCUCAUCAACAAGAUCAGCCUAUGGAAUUUUGAAAGAAAAGAGAAAAUGGUCUUUCAAGCAUCAUCCAUGUAAUUAAAACCUGAGUAGAAGACAGUUGAUUUUCCCAGAUGUCUGCAUUGAUUGACUUUGCCAAGCACUUCAUGGAUCUAUAAACUCAGAAAAUGUGUGAUCAGCGAGAGCCUCUGUUUCCGGGGGAGGUGAGGAACAACAACCAUCAUCAUGUGGGGCCCAAAGAUAGCGCAGGUGAUGCUAAUGCUAAUGACAUCCAAAAAAACAAUGAAACCAGGACUGGAGAUACGGUUACUUUGUCUGACUUCAAGACUACUAGCACUGUGCAGCAAAGAGUCAACAUUUAUGAAGAGAACUCCCUAUGCGAGGACCUGGAGUUGGCGGAAUUUGAAAUGUUGGAAUGUCAAGAACUUGAGGAUGGAGAAGAUUUUGUGGGACUGACAGAACGCAAAGAACUUCCGAAGCAGCUGGAUUCAAAAAGCAAUACCACAGCACAAGCAGCAAGUAAUAAAGAUGAGAAGUCACAUGCACAGUCUGAAAUAAGCUCAGAGACAGAUAUCUACUUGACCUGUCUGUCUACAAUCUCAGCCGUAGAAACCGCUGGGAAGACAACCGAGUCCUGGCAUGUCCCUAAUACUAUUUCAGAUGACGUGACUCUAGCAUCUGUAUCAGAAAAGACCAAGCUAUCUCAGCCCCACAAUUCUGUAAAAAGUACAAUGUUAGCUAAAGAUGUGGACAUGAAUUUGAACACAGCAGCACAUUCUAAAGCACAAAUUAGCAGUGGGAAGAUUCAGGAGAACAAAACUGUUGGUUGUAGAAACAAUAAUGAAAGUAAUGUAAGAAGUGAUCAUAAGGUACAAACAAAUCUAGAAAGCAUGGAAAGCCACAGUAAAAUGGACAAAGGUACACAAGCCGAUGAAACGCCAGCAGUACAGCACUACAGCACAAGUCCAGCCAAAACUGGGAUAAGACGCAGCCAAUCCUCACUGGAACCAAAAGCCACGAAUAAGCAAAGCACUUAUAAUAAUGCACUGAAAAAACAGAACUCUUUCAGCUACGGGUUUAGGAAGCAGCCUUCGUUUGAGAAUUCCAUGAAAAAGCCUCCGUCCUUUGAUAACAGUAUCAAAAGGAAUGGCUCUUUGGAAAAUACAGCUGUCAUGAGUAAUUCAAGUUUAGAGGGGAGGAAGCCAUGGGGGAGCCCAGUUCGGAAUGUUACAACUAAUACAACAAGAAAUGCAUCCAGUUCACCAAGAAGAAGGCCCUCACCCAAUUCACCAGCCAAAGUUCAGAGUGUUAGAGCACCAAGUCUAGAACGCAGCCUGUCACCUCUAAAUCAGAUGGUCAAACUCCCUAAAACUUGUCCCAGUACUAGUCUCCCCAAAGCACUCACACCACCUCAGAAAGAAGAACCCAAGAAAAACGUACGGCCCAAGAUCAUCACCUAUGUGCGCAAGAACGUUCAAGCCAAACCAGAUAUGCCCAACUAUGGAGCACCAGCGAAGGCUACAGCAGCGCUCACAUCCUCCAAUAUUCUUUUUGAUAAAUACAGGCAGGAGAUCCAGAAGACAGGCUUCUACCCACCAGGGAUGUCCAUGACAGGAAACAAGGCUACAGCAGGCACCACGGCCAGUCGUCUGGGCAGCAAGUCAGGAAGUUUUCAUGAAGAUAUGUCUGAGUGUAAUCAAAAGAUUGUUUCCCAAGAUGGCAGUAGCAGUGUGUCCCGCUCCCCGAGAACUUUGAGACCUCAGCUGGGGUUAGGGGCCCGACAGCCCGCCACCAAGAGCAGAGUCCAACAGGCUGCUCAGAGACCCGGAACCAUGGGACACACUGCACCUACACAGGACUACCAUGAGGGAGCUGGAGAUCAGAGGCGGUCAGGAGCAGACAGCAGCCACAAGCCUAUGGUGCUGAAGCCGGGUCAGUCUGGUCUGCGCCCCCCUGGCUUCUCUGCUCUGCCUCCUUCUCGCCUUGCCGCCUUCGGCUUCACUCGGAGUUCCAGUGUCUCGUCUGUAUCCAGUAGCCAGUCCAAUGAGAGUGGCCACAGUGACUCCCUUCGACCCUCUCAGCACCCAAGCAGUGGCAGUGAUGACACCCCUCACCACAAAGCCACAGCAUCCCCUGGUGACUCGGCCCCUACAGCAGGACGUCCCCAUCCUCCCAACGCCCCCAGCCUGCAUCGGCGCUCUCUGCCUUCUCAGUGCAGUUCCCCUCUGCCAUCCAAAAGAGAGGAGCCUGAGGCGGCGCUGCCAUCAAAGGCUUCCCCAAAGAGAUUUGCAAUGAUUUCACCCAAACCCCAGUCUCCCAUGCGAUCCCGAACAAUGGUGGUGCACGGCUCCCUGCGCUCUCAGGACACAGAUAGACAGCUAAUGGAGCAGCUGCAGCGGCGCUGUCAGCAGCAGGCUCUGCAGCUGCAGACUCUGCAGGCUCAGCUGCACAAGGCCUCCCUGUGCCUGGACGUGUUCACCAUCACCACACAGCACUUCUGCCACAAGAGUGAGAGUGCCAUUGUGAAGGAGCGGGAGCUGGCUCUCGAGCUGGACAGACUCAGGGAUGAAGUGGCAUUCAGCGUGGCGCACUGGGAGCAGCUGCAGCAGGAGAAGGAGGACGUGGAGCAGAGCUUUGAGGCUGAGCUGGAGGGUCUGCGGGCACAGCAGCAGAGAGAGCUGGGAGCUCUGGAGGACAGACUGAACCUGUCUCACUCACAGGAGACACAGAGACUCCAGGAGGAACAGAGACAAGAGCUACAGGAGCUGCAGCACAGGCAGCAGCAGCAGAUUGAAGAAAUGAGUGAAAGCCACGAAGCGUCCCUGAUGGAGAUGGAAUCAGCCCACAGUGACACACUGGCCACACUACAUGAGGAGCACACCAGAACUGUCAAGAAUCUGAAGAUGGCCCAUGAGCAGCAGAGAAAGUCUUUGGAGGAGGACUUUGAAAAGAUCAGGCUGUCUCUGCAGGACCAGGUGGACACACUGACAUUCCAGAACCGCAGCCUCAGAGACAGAGCCAAACGCUUUGAGGAGGCUCUGCGCAGAAGUACAGAUGAACAGAUAGUGGAUGCCUUAGCCCCAUAUAAACACAUUGAGGAGGAUCUGAAAAGUCUAAAGGAAGUUCUGGAGAUGAAGAACCAACAGAUCCAUCAACAGGAGCUGAAGAUUACAGAGCUGGAGAAACUACAGGCUGAAAAGAACGUGUAUCUGGAGGAGAGGCUGCAGGUUCUCCAACAACAGAACGAAGACCUAAAGGAACGCAUCGACAAGAACCUCGCUGUCUCCAGACAACUGUCGGAGGAGAAUGCCAAUCUGCAGGUGCAUGUGGAGCAGGAGAGUAAGGAGAAGAAGCGUCUGAGUCGUACUAAUGAGGAGCUGUUGUGGAGGCUGCAGACAGGAGAGCUCAGCCCCAGCAUGUCACCCUCCUCAUCCCCCCUGCACCGAGCCUCUCCUGCCCCAGGGUCCCCCGCCCGCCCACACUCCUACCACCAGUGACCACCAAAGACUGCUCCAAUCUUCAACUGACAUUUCAGUCCACCUGUGUUAAAGGGGAAUCACUAAACCUGAAGACAGUGCCUCAUCUGCUGUAAUUGUAUCCAUCCACAUGGAACAUUUGGAUCAACGCUCAGGACGAUGGAGCAGGAGACACAGAAGAAGCCUUUGGUUGUGCUUUCUCUCCACCAGCAGCGUCUGUCACAGCCUAAAACUACCUACUGCACAUGUAUAUGAGACACUGGACAUGAGGUCACUGUGAGUGUUACACACAGGACAGGGCAGUGCUACACUUGUAGCCUCUGUCUCUCUCUGCGUACUGCCGUACUGUCAAACUAUAAACUCCACAUGGUCAGAUGGUCCCACUGUCUUUGAGACAGUAUGGGCUGUGGGCUCUGCUUCUUUUCUUAGAAAACUGUAGAAAUCCUCAUGCUUGGCAUGAUCUGUCUUCCAGCUAUCUCCUCUUACUCUUGUACGCAGGGAAAGAACAGAAGUGCUACUUUAAUAGAGUAGAAGGUAGAAAGUCAUUAGCUGACCCACAGUAGACACUAUUAUUAUAUCUGAUACAUAGUUAUCUUUUAAAGUAACCAGUCAGUUUAGCAUCAGCAUGAGGAUAACUCAGCAAAAGUACUAUACAUAAACAUACAUACUAUACAUAAGAAACAGCAUUCUGUUGUGCAUUUUUGCAGCAAAACAUCAUUUACUAUGUUAUUUUCUACAACUGUAAAGUAACCCCAAGUCCCCAUUCAAACUGUAAAUAAAUGUGAAUGAAACUGUAAAAAGAAUAGCGCAUUUGGACUAAACUAAAGGCAUGAUGGUUGCUUGCUCUUACCUCACUACCGUGACCAAGUCAUCUCAGGUGUCAAGGACCAUACAAUAGGACUUUUAUUUAUUUUCUUCUAGUUUACAUAACCUCAGUCAGUGCAAAAUAACAAGUAUAAAUAUAUAACAAUCAGCAAAUGCAUUUAAAUGUCCUGGGCAGAAUGUACUGUAAAGUAUCAGGCUGUAGUGGGCUGACUGUGUCCUGUGGACAUGACACAUCCACUCAAUCUUUAGUUUAUUCACUCUAAACAACACAUUUGUUUACAAGUGUUAAUGUCACUGUUGUUUACUUGUUUACAAGACCUGAGUUGCAAAGAUUGUAUUCAGACUAAGAUAUGUUUAUAAGAACGCAUGUCUUAAUGACGUCAUGUGCAUUAUUUUAUUAUUGUUGUUAAGUGUAUAUUUAUUUAUUUAUUUGUCUUGCAGAAAUGCAGCUGUAGCUGAACUGGCUUUUAAAAUGUGCCCCAUUAAGACUUUAUGUCUCGAGUGUCAAUGUCACACUGUAUUUAAGUAUUAAAUCACAAACUACAUUG